AUGGCAGGUCCAGCCUCCCCCAACGCCGACGGUCCCACGUUUGCCCCGCCACCGCUCCCCGCAGGCUGGAUCGCGCAGUGGGAUGGCGCCAGCAAAAAGUACUACUACGUCCAGCUCGCGACGGGCGUGUCGCAAUGGGAGAUUCCCACCGAGGCCGCGCAGACGGGCAACACGCCUGUCCCCGUGCCGGACCACCCCUACGGCACACCGGGCGGACCACCGCCCCCCCAGCUCAUCACGCACCCGGACGGAUCGCAGACGAUGCGCCACGCCGAUGGGACGAUGGAACCGAUAUUGCCGGACGGUAUGAGGGGGGGCGACGGAUCCAGCGGAGACAGGGGACUCGGGAGUAUGGCCAUGAAUGCGCUCCUGGGCGGUAAGCACGGCCAGAGCGGCGGUGGGCAGAACUCCUCCUCGAGUCCACUGAGUGGCCUCGCCGGCCAGUUCCUGGGAGGGGGCGGAGGAUCGCACGGUCACAGCAGCGGGGGGCAUGGCGGCUCUGGGGGUAAGAACUCGGCCGGCAAGCUCGUCGGCCAGCUUGCCUCUAGUUUCCUAUCCUCUUCGAACAAGCCGUCGGGCCAUUCAGGGCAGGGUCAGAAUUACCACGGCGGAUCGACGUCGGGACAGUCCUCGCACUCGCCCAGUGGAGGAUUGGCUGGCGCUGUCACGGGGGGCGUCACGAACCUCUUUGGCAGUAACAAGCCAGGACAUGAUGGUAGCGGUGGUGCCCAGGGCUAUGGCUACUCGAACUCGGGGGCAAAUGGAGGCAGCAAUGGUGGGUACUCCGGUCAAGCACCGACAUAUCAGCCUCCUGGCUCGUCAGGCGGCCCUCCUCCAGGUUCAUCAGCGCAAGGGUACGGCUCGCCUGCGCCGGGUCAGCAUCAGCACCAGCAGUCUCACAGCGCCCACCAGCAAUACUCUCAACCACCGUCGACAGGCCCGUCUCACUAUCAAAAUUACCCGUCGCCCCAGGGUCCUCCACCAGGCCAGCAGCAGUUUGGAGGCUACGAUCACAACAGUUCUCAGCCUCCUCCGCCUGGGUCACACGCAUAUGGACAGCAGCCAAACUAUGGGGCCCCGCAACAGGGAGGAGGACAUGCGCCGCAAUACAACCCACCAGCCGGCGCACCCCCGGCUGGCUAUGGCGGUUAUCCCGGGCAGCAACAGCCGUACGGCAGUCAGCCAUCCUAUGGUCAACCGCACGGCCAGAACUAUGGCCAGCCGCAGCAGCAGUCGCACGGUGGCUACCCGUACUGA